GACAGUUCCAUCGCGAGGAAAGGGGAGGGUACGCCGCCAACGAGCAGCAUUAAUAAUUGAUUGCGCUUUUUUUCCCUCGUGUCAGGACGUAGGACGCCUCAGAUGGUAGAACUCCGUGCGAUUCACAGAGUUCCUACAGCGCGAGCGGCUGCAGUUCCCCUCACAAACGCUCGUGCAGGAAGACCAAAGGACGUCCUUUAGCCUGGAAAUAUAGGGAUGAGCGAAGCGAGCGGCUGAAUACCCCCGCCUAACGUUGCGAGUAAACUUCCUUUCGGAGCGGGUUAAAACGUCCUCUUAAAAGAUACAAGUCGCCGGGACAGAUCUGCCCGCCCAAGGAUUCCUUCGCCUGCCCAAUCUGAAUGUAAUAUCGCCAAGCUAAGGAAGGCAGGAAUUAAAAGCCAUCGCCAUGAAUUUUGUAAUGAAGCAAGCGUUGGGAGGGGCCACCAAGGACAUGGGUAAGAUGUUGGGAGGGGAGGAGGACAAGGACCCCGAGGCAGAGAAGGAGAAGGAGGAGGAGAGACAGGAAGCUCUGCGACAGCAGGAGGAGGAGAGGAAGGCCAAGUACGCCAAGAUGGAGGCCGAGAGAGAAACGAUGCGACAGGGCAUCCGGGACAAGUACGGCAUCAAGAAGCGGGAAGAGGCGGAGGCGGAGGCGCAGGCCGCCAUGGAGCAGGCCGCGGAGGGGAGCCUCACGCGCCCGAAAAAGGCCGUCCCGGCUGGCUGCGGCGACGAGGAGGAAGAGGAAGAGAGCAUAAUGGACACGGUCAUGAAGUACCUCCCCGGCCCACUGCAGGACAUGUUCAAAAAGUAAACCGCGUUUAAAGCAACAUUAGAACGUUACUGUUGAGGUUCAGCCACCAAUUCCAUCCUUCCCUAAACCGCCCCCCCCUCCCCGUCCCACCCUCUCUCUCCCCACUCUCACCUCCAGAACCCUUAGAGACUUAGGACAUACACAUAAAUGAAUCCACGUUCCACUUUUUAUUUGUAAAUAGCCUCUGGUUUGAAAAAAAAAAGACAGUAACAAUAAAAGCAAGGGGGUAAUAAUGGAAGGAUGUAUGUCAAUAAUACAAAUAUUUACAAAUAACUCAAAGAGUAUAAGCCAUACUUUACCUUUGGAAAGGAAAUCUCGGAAUCAUAUCAUGUUAUCGAAUGAGUUUUUGCUAUUUAUAAUAUUUAUAUAUAGGUAUAUAUAUAAAUAUAUACAUAUGUAUCUACCUGACCUCCCUCUGUGUGUGACUUAAUCGGUAUUUACAAUUACGUGUCCCUGUUCAAGCAUUAAUGUAACCUUUCACCACGAUGUUGUAAAUUGGACACUUACAGUACAUACCUAUAUAUAUUUAUCCAAAUGAUGUUUUUUUUUUUUUUUGCCAAGCAUGCACGGUGAUUAAAUACUUGUGAAAUGUGCGUCAAUUCCUUUUUAUUUGUUGGUGAAUUACAUGAGGAUCGGAGGCAAUAAUUCUGUCUUUUAAAGUCGUUUGUCUCGUCGAUGCCACUGAGCGCGAUACAAUAAACGCAACGUUUCAUCCGCUCAGAUUGAACGCGUUUAAAAUGCUGCCCGCUGAUUCGUCAGAACGUCCACCGUGAAACCGGUCUAGAAAUGGAGUCAGCGGUUUGUUAUCAUAACAGCCGGAAAACAAUUUUAGGAUCAACGGGACCAUGGCCCAGAUUUAGUCUGAUGGAUAUGUGCCGACAUUAAAGUGUUAUUUUGGUUCAUUUCGUUCCCAAGAGUAUUCACUUCAGAGUUCGCUAAACUGAAUGAAAUUCUAUUAAAGACUGAAACGCAAAGCACCUUCUGAUUAGCUUAAAUCUGGCUCUCCAUGUCCGUACUCCUUUUUCAUGGAUGUAAAUAUAAAUUUGUGUUCUUACAGAAUGUCAUAUCUUUUUCCUCACUAAAAUGUAAAAUGAUGCUUUGUGCACAUUUAAUAUAAACAGACAGUGACAAUGGUGCAAUAUUAUUAUUAUAAUCAUUAUCAUUAUUAUUAUUAUUGAGAUUGUCCUGUGUCAGUAGGUUAAUUAAAAGGGAAUGCAAUCCCAAAUCAGCAAUAACAGACAAUCCUUCUCACUGUUGUAUGUUUUGCUCGUUCUGUUCAAAUGUUGGUGUUCACAUACAGUGCUGUCUUCCUAGAUUCCAGAAAAUUGCUACAUGCUGUUGUUGUGGGGUGGGGAGGGCUGGGGAAGUGGCGCAAGGAAGGGGGUAACAGACAUAGUUAAAUGUUUAAAUGUUUUUCAAAUUAACAAAAUGUAAUUAACAGACAUAGUUAAAUGUUUAAAUGUUUUCUCAAAUUAGCAAAAACUUAUUAACAAACAUAGUUAAAUGUUUAAAUGUUUUUCAAAUUAGCAAGAAGUUAUUAACAGACAUAAUUGAAUGUUUAAAUGUGUUUCAAAUUAGCAAAAAGAAAACAAAAUUUAUUCAAAUCAAUUAAGUAGGGAUGUCUCUUAUUAGUUUGUGCAAUAUAUAUUAUCUAACAAAAUAUAGAGAUGCUGAUUAAGAUAAGAGACUCGAUCAGUCACCAUUUAGUCAUGAAUAUUUGAUUGUAUUCCCUGAUUAGAGCACAUAUAUGCCAGUGGAAGCCAUUUUCUCAAUUUUCUGGCUCAUUGACCACAACACAUUGCCUGUGUCUCUGACCUAGUGUAAAAUAAUCUCUGUGGUAUACAAGAAGUCACAAAAAGGAAGUGAGGUCACGUAAUGCAGAAAUAUACUUGUAAACAAUGCCACUGGCCAGUCUCUUUGAGAAAGGAGCUCUUUGGGAUUUUUUUUAGUGUUUUUUAUUUUCUAUUUUAUUUUUAUAUUCACAGUCGAGGCACUUUGAAAAUUACCAUAUGUAAAUUGACCAAAACAAAUAAAUGGCAUAAUGUAACUAUAAUAUUACAAUAUAACCACAGAUAUAAAAACAAACAUGCCAAAUAUAAUGCAACACAAAAAUAGGUAUCUUAUCCCGUCUAUGAGUUAUCAUGUAUGCUUUGCACUCAUCAACAGAUUGUGUUUUUGUGUUUUUGAUGUUGAAUUUGAACCAAACCCAUUGCAAGCUGAUUGACAAAACAUACAUAAAAAUGUCAUGCAUUGGUAUGCAGGCCAUGAGUAUGAUGAAAUAUCAGUCGAAUGCCUUGUGCUGUAUGUGAUGAAAAAAUGUUUUUUCCUCCAUAGUGUAAAUUCCUCCUGAAGGUUUAUGAAGCAUGUACAUUUUCUGGUUCGAGAGAUCAUACUACAGUUUGUCUGUUCGUGAACCUAAAAUUAUGUUUGUUUUGUAGUGUUAUGUCUGAGAGCUAACCUCACACCAACCCUUUGGUGAUCCAAUUGCAACAUAUAAUAAAGGGACAGUUCCUAACGAACACACAAAAAAAAAAAAAACAAACAGAACAAAUUAAUAAUUGUGAUAUAUUGACCUGUAGUCAAUCGAUAUUUGCCCUUAACCCCUGGACCACAACCAUUAUACUUUGUGAGGAAGAAAGGCUAUUCUUGCUUUUAAUUGUUUGUCAAACUUAAGGACUGAUGUUGAUUGAAUCCUGGCCAUUAUGGUGAGCUCACACUGUUGAGUUCCACAUAGUUUUAUUCUUCUUUUUUGUGGCUUAAUUUUCCUCAAAUGUCCCUACAUCUCUCUCCUGUCAUUGAUCAUUUCAGCCACCAGAGUAAACAGCUCAACUGCACAUAACCUUUAUUUUCAUUAAUCACUGAUCAUACUCAUUUUGCUUUGAGUUUGUCAUAUAAAGCAGAAUGAGUGGGUAUUUCAUCAGUAAAAGCAAAGCCGUCUAAUUUAACUGAACUCAUUCAUCCUCCUUAAAGAACCACAUCAGCCUAAGGUGAUUUGAUUAGACUUACGCAAGCGCGGCAGUAUCCUGCCAGUUUGGUAUUAAGGUUUUGAUCAUUUCAAGUGUUACGUUAUUAGUGGCUCUUAGUCAUGUCCAAUAUUGCCAUUACUCUUUGUCAGGUGUGUGUCCUUUUUCCGAUCAAGCACUUGUCAUCUGAAGCCUAUCCCAUAUUUUUUAUUAAACCAAAGACUGGCGUUCUUUCAGCGUUUUGGAUGUGAAAUUUUAUCAUAUUAUUAUUUCUCUCUACACUCGGUUUUAAACACAGAAUUCUCUCAGGUAUGUUUUUUGCAUUGAUAUCAUUAUCCUUUCCCCUCCCAGACCAUGUGCAUUUUAAAAAAAUUGUUUUUCAUCUGAAGUAAGCAUGAAAUUAGCGGAAUGGCCGCAUAAGGCUAGUGAAAUCGUGGGUACCUGACACGCACGCAAGGUAACCGGGGAAACGGGACAUUUUUCUCUUGCCUUGUUGCCGGUUUUCCUGCAGAAUGCCCUCGAGCCACCGGCCGUCGGUGAGUGAACUGCCCCCUCGUCUCAAUGGGUCUCGCUUCCCACUACCGUUGCGUGAAAACGAGCGCACUCGCAAACUUGACCGAUCUCCUCCCAGUUUUUAUGAAGUUAGCGAACAAUUUAAUCUGAGGCGUCUACGUUUCCGUCGCUUGCUUCCUAGACGUUUAUCGCAGUACGUACGCCAAGCCUUUCCGCGAAGCACACUCGUCCAUAAUACCACAAGCGACGGCUUAGCACAAAUGUGUUUUGUGAUAUGAAGUAGAGUGUGAUCGUGAUGUUACAUGCUGACAUUUAUUCGCCACGGUUAGGGCUUGCGUUCGUACAGACGAGUGAGCUGCAUUAGCCCACAGCCAUUCAUUCGUUUUCACUGCAGGCUAAGACUCGGGUAAAAAAUAAAAAUAAAAACCCCAAAUCCCAGCACUUUGGCUCAAGCUCUUCCAGUGUGACGUCUGACAAAAAGCUAAUAACAUAAUUUUUAAAAAAUCACUCUGGUGUGACCCGAUUGUAACUGUCUAAUGUUUCUCUGCGUUGUCUUUACAUGUUUUUCCUACGUGUUGAGAAAAAAAGAAAAAAAAUCUGAAAUGGUGUACUUUUUCCGUCUGUAAACAUUUCUGUUUUCUGUCUUUUUUUGGUGCUUGUAUUCAAGAAUCUGUAAAAUUUUGUGAAUUUUUUUGUAUUGCGAUAUCUACUCUCUCCCUCUUUCCUUCUCUAUCUCCCUUAGACUUCCUUGCAAACUUUUCUUAUUUUUUAAAUUUUUAUUUUUUAUUUCUUUUUAUGUGUAAGCAUGCAUGGCCUGCAAUGGCAGCGAGGUUGCUAUGGAAACUUCCGUGUUUUUUGUCCUCCGUGUUUAUACUCCUGUUCCUGGAGCUCCUUCACUGCAUGUCAUAUCCGCCCCAGGGGAUUGUGGGACAGCAAUGUUCCUGAGUGGAAUCACAGCACAUUGAAAAAUAAAGUGAUUUCAUACAAUUAAUGCACAUCUUUA